AACUUGGAGCUGGGAGGAGAACUUGCGAACCUGCGUGUGAUCAGAGAUAAGACGCGUCUAAUGCUCGCGCUAAUCCGCCUCAUGUGACUCAUCGUACUAUCAUAAUGAGGACGGACGUGCGCGCGAGGGCCUCACUCCUGCCUGCGACAGCAAAUGGACUCUUAAUAACAGGUCCAGUUGGACGUGACGCACACGCGGACCACCAUCAUCUGCCGCCGCGCACUUGUUGCGGUGUCACUUCAGAUGGAAGCGUCAGGGUCCUCGCAGGGCAGCGGGAGCAGGUUGGCGGCCGUGGAGAGAGGUCUCGGGGAGAUGUCAGUUCGGAAGGCGGCGUCCGUGUCCCCCAACCCCCAGCGGAGACACACCCUCCCGGCGAGCGAGGUGCGGCCGCUCAACGAGCAGGACGCCGUCAGCGUGUUCGAGAUCGAGCGGGAAGCCUUCAUCUCGGUGUCCGGCGAGUGUCCCCUCCACCUGGACGAGGUGCGGCACUUCCUCACCCUGUGUCCCGAGUUCUCCAUGGGCUGGUUCGAGGAGGGACGGCUGGUGGCCUUCAUCAUCGGCUCGCUGUGGGACAAGGAGCGACUCACAACGGAGGCGCUAACACUCCACAAGCCCCGUGGCUCCAGCCUCCACAUCCACAUCCUGGCGGUGCACCGCACCUUCCGUCAGCAGGGCAAAGGUCCAAUCCUGAUGUGGCGCUACCUGCAGUACCUGCGCUGUCUCCCCAACGUGCGGCGGGCCGUGCUCAUGUGCGAGGACUUCCUGGUGCCGUUCUACCGGAAGUCUGGCUUCAAGGUCUUGGGCCGCUGCGCCAUCACCGUGGGCGCCCUGACCUUCACGGAGAUGUGGUACCCCAUCAGCGGACACGCCUACAUGCGGCGCAACAGCGAGGCCAUCCGCUUCCCGGAGCAGCCGCUGACUCUGCCGCCCGCUGGGACCUCUGGUCACGGCGCUCACUAAAAAUCUCUUCAGGGUUUCGGCGUCUUUGGUGUGACAAGUCACGCGACGACACCCGCUCUUGCUUUAGCUAGUUCUAAUCGCUAGCAUGCAGCAACUUUCAGCCGAAGCAGAAACUUCUGUCCAGUAGAAACGUGAGUGAACACUGCUGUGGUGUUUCUUGUGUUGAUGUAGCAUGAAAUAGUGUUGACACAAUCAUGUUGUUAAUCAUCGCUGACGUCAGUCUGGAUUAUUUUUAAUCCCAGGUCUGAUUCAGACGCGGAUUAAGACACAGAUUCUGUCUCAGUGUCGAGUCAAUUAAAGUCUUUUAUACUGUUUUCCAACAGUCUUUUUUUGGGAACUGGUGAGUAAUCAGAUGAUGGAAACAAACCUUUCACUAUGACGGCAGCCUGAGUCGCGUGCGCUAAUCCCACCGAGUCCUGCCGGUCCUCAGGUGAUCACCCCACCCCCCACCACCACACAGACACUUGAGUUCCACCAGAGUCCAGUUUAAUCACACACACAUACCUGUCAGCACUUCAACACCAGAACCGUUGGCACCAGAGUCCAUGAACCGAGCACGACUGUCAGUUGUAACUGGAACCGAAGCGAAAGCUGGAGUAGGACGGCCUGGUGGAGGCGUCGGUGGAAGCCGCGGGGAGGAGCAGGAGCCCGGUGCUGACGUCCCGCCGGCAGCGCUCCAUGGCCUGCUUGUAGGAGAUCUUCUCCUGGCUGAUGGGGUCCAGCAGCUCUUUGGUGUGCGCUGACUCGUCCUCCAGGUUUUUAGCCGUCGCGCUGUCGAUGAGGUUGGUGGCGAGCGCUUCCUGCGUGGAGAGGCGUCCCGCCUUGGUGGGGUCCACCAGCCCGCCGGUCAGGUACUGCGCCUCCAUGUAGCGGAUGGCGUUCUCUUUGGGGAUGUAGCCCUUCUGCGCCGCCUGACCCACCGCCAGACGCUCUUUGGUGACCGGGUCCUCGACCCCCGUGAAGGCCUUCUGGGCGUUGAGGAGUUUGUACAUGUGGCUGCUGUCGAUGAGGCCGUGCUCCGCCGCCUUGUGGACGGAGAGUUUGUCCUUUUUGUUGAGAUCCACAAUCCCACCCGAGGCAGCCUGGGCUUCCAGCAGCUUCAGGGCCGUGUCGGUGUCGAUCAGCUUUCGGGUCAGAGCGCUUCUCACCGACAUCCGGCUCUCAGUGGUGGUGUCCCAGAUCCCAGAGAUGGGGAAGUUGUCUUCAGCCCCGGAGCCGUUCAGGUUGGUCAAACUGCCGCUGAGAUGAGUGUUGAGGCUACUGUAGGAGGACCUGAGGGACGGAGACAUGGCGUUCAGCGGCGAGGCAGGGGUGGUUCUGCUGGGGGUCCUGGGGCUGGGGGGAGGGAUUGGCAGCGGCGGGACUGGAACCUUUUUGUUCUCACCCGCCACCAGAAGAGCAAACUCGGAAAUGGAUAUUUUGCCAUCCUUGUAGCGGUUCAGGUCGUACUGGGUCAGGCGGCCGCUGCGAAGGGCGUCUUUGACCGAGUACUGCUUCCCGCUUUUGCGAUCCUGCAGGAUCAUCGAGUCGCCUUCUGGACUGGUUGAGGUGAUCUCCUCCCAGUCACACUCCAGGGUGGACAAGUGGAUGUACUGGUUCCGGUCGAUGAGGCCUUGUAGGUAGGCGUCGUAAGGAGACAUGUCCUUGCCGGUUUCCGGAUCGAGGAUGGUGAUCUUGGUGGAGAGGUUGGUCUCUCGGGUGUGGGUCUCGGUCUGGUCCUCUUUCACGAUCUGUCCCUGCAGCUCGCUGAUGAGCUUCUCCAGCUGAUGGAUCUUGUCUUUCUCGUUGAGAAUGUCCUUCUCCAGGCGCUGCACCUCGGAUGAGGUCUUGAGGCUCCUCUGGCGGGCCAGCUGGUUCCGCUCACUCAUCAGUUUGGACUGCUGCUGGAAGGUGAUGUUGAUGUUCUGUCUCUCAGACUCCACCAUCUUCAGCUGCCGCAGGAGCUCAUCCUUCUCCCGCAGCAGAGUGUCUCGGUUCAUGACUAGAGCGGUUUCCUCCUGAGACGUCAUGGACCUGGAGGUCGUGAGGUGGUUGAUCUUGAUGAUGAUGUUCUGUGUUUUGUCCUCCUGAUCGCGCCUCAGGUUCCGCUCUUGACCUACCAGGUCUCUCAAACGUUCCCUCUCGGCCUCCACAGUUGGGUCCUUCUCCACCCGGACCACCUCCCUGUACACGACUCUCUCCAGGGACUUCUCCUUCUGCAGCUGCUCCAGCUUCAGCCUCAGGUUGCGGACCUCCCUCUCCAGCCGACUGAUGUUGUUGCCCUCGUUCUCCAAGGUCACACGGAGGCCCUCGGUCAGCUUCUCCAACUUGGGGUCUCGUUCCACUUUAAGCACCUCCUCGAUGACGAUCUUUUCCUCCACCGGCGGCGGAGAGCUCUCCAGCUCCAGGAUACGAGCUUUGAUCUGCCUCAGCUCCGACUCCACUUGGAUCUUCUUCUUACGAUCAUCCAUCUGCGCCAGAGUGUUCUCCUUCUCUUGAACCAGUGCCCGAAGCUGCCGGACUUCCAGCUCCAGCUUUCUCCGGGUUUUCACUUCAUCGUCCAGAGACUUGUUGAGCUUCUCGUGCUCCAGAAUUUGGUUGGGGUCCUUCUGGAGUCGCACCACUUCCUGCAUGACGAUCUUCUCCUCGGGCUUCUGCCGUUCAAGCAUGAUGUAUUGGUUCUGGAGGUCGAAGAGCACCUCUUCCACGGCGCGGCGGUUGUGGAUCUCCUCCCUCACGGUCCUGCGAAGCCGGUCCACUUCCUUCUCCAGCAGUGGGUCGUUCUCGUACUUGAUCAACUCCUUAUUCACCAGCUUUAUCUCCACUUUGGACUUCUCAGCUUUCAACUCGUCCCGUUCCUUCCUCAGGUGAGUCAGCAGCUCCAGGGUGGUGUCGUAGUUGACCUGCAGCCUGGACACUUGGUUGCUGAGCCUCUGCAGCUCCCUCAGAACCUCCGGGCUCUUCUCCUCUUUGAUCACCUCCUGGGUCACCUCCUUGUACUCCACCUUGGGCUUCUGCGCACGCAGCGUGGUGAGCGUGGCCAUGAUGGUGCUGAUGUCCUUCUCCAUGUCGGAGCGGCUCCGGGCCGAGUCCUGCAGGGCCUUCCUCAGCCGCACCAGCUCCACGUCAGUCUCCGGAUCCACCUGGUAGAUCUCGUUGAUGAUCUCCUUGACCUCCACUUUGGGUCGAAGCUUCUCCACCUCGCCGUAGCGCAGCUGCAGGGUGGUCAGGUCCUUCAUCAGUAUGGCGUUCUCGUCCUUCUCCUCCUCCAGGACCACUCGAAGUUUCUUGGCCUCCUCGAUGCUCUCGGGGUCCUGCUGCACCUGCUUCACCACCUUGGUGACGACCUUGGGCUGGAUGGUGGGGAUCACCCGCUCCAGCAUGUUGAUCUGGCCCCUCACACCGAAGAUCUUUUCGGUGACUAGCUUGCACUGGGUCUCCUCCUCAGCAAUUUCGUUUUGGAAGUUGAGAAUGGCCUUCAGCAUCUGGGGGUCCUUCUCCAGCCUCACCACUUCCUUCUUCACCACCUUCUCUCGGAUCUUGGGCUUCUGCUGAGCCAGGAGGGUGAGCUCCGUCCUCAUGCUCACCGUCUCAGAGUCCUUGGUCUGCAUGUCCUUGCGGAUCUGGCUCAUCUCCUCCCUGAUCUUCUCUGCUUCCUUCUCCAGCUGCGGGUCUCUCUCGUACUCCGUCAGAACUUUGGUCACCAGUUUGGGUUCCGUCUUGCUCAGCUGGGUUUCCAGUUUGAUGAUCUUCUCCUUGAUUACGUCGAUCUCCGAGUGGGUUCUUGACCUCUUCAGACCCUCUUCCUGGAUCCGGCCCUUCAGGUUCUUCAGGUCCGUCUCUAUUUUGGGGUCCCGGUAGUACUGAACCACCUCCUUCUCCUCCAGUCGCUCCACUCCCCUCCUGCUCUUCAGAGACACAAAGCGCUUCCUGUGGGCAUCCAGGUUGUUCUCGGCGUGUUCCCGGCGGGCUUUCUCUUCGCUCAGUUCCUUUCUCAGGACCUCGCUCUCGGCCUGGUCCUUCUGCUGGCUCCGUAGCUGCAGCUGCUGCGAGACCGCCACCUGACUCACUCGCUCCUCAUUCUGCCACGACAAGAACACAUCAGAGACAGUGUGGAGGCUGCGCUCAACUCGACGAGUCACAGCAGCAGCGAGGGCCUCCUACCUGCACCUUGAUGCUUCUGAGCAGUUCCAGCUGCUGCAGGAGCAGCUCUUGCUCCACUGCCACCUGCGAGUACAGGUUGACCAGGUCCCGCUCCUGAGGAGCAGCACAUGAGUCAGCAGUCUGACCUCACCAGCCGCCCGCAUCCACUCACACACCUUCUGCUGGAUGGCCUUCACCAAGGUGGCCUCCUCACGUCUCUUCAGGGCUGGUUCAUCCUCGUCGUCCUCCUCCUCCUCCUCCCUCAGAGCACUGCGGUACGUGGCGGCCCUCACCUCGUACACCUGAAAGAGCAAGUGGGUCACCAGCUGAAAAGACUCCUCACACAUUCAUCCAAAGACCUGGUCUAAACAGUGUUUAUCAAUCUUUUUCUAGCCACGGCAGCCUUGGUUCAUUAAAAAAAUCCCAGGCUCACCACCAAAGGAACCUGGGCCAAAGCACACUUGUACUUAAAGUCCCUAUUCAUUUGUGAAAAACUGUAGCUACUGACACUGGGUUGUUAUUUUGCCAGACUAUGUGCAGAAACAAAUUGCAGAAAAUGUGUUUGUUUCAAAUGUGUCCAGAAAGGGGCGGCAAUAUGGAAAAAUAUAUCAUGAUUUGUUGAUGUAUUUACUUACUUUAAAUAACUGUUUGGAUCUUAUCACUUCUCUCUUGCAUGACUUAAUUGUAGUUUCCAGACAAAUCCUUAGCAUUCUUUGCCUGAACUUGCUUCAUAAAAACAACGAUUCUUUCUCUCUUCACAUUUUGGAGCGCAUUUAUUUUGUUGUGCAUUUAGUUUUUCGCCAACUUUUAAACCACAGAGCAAACUUUGACUGUGACACUUUCUUGAAUUGAGACGUCACAUUAGCCGUUAGCUCUGGGGUGCAGACAGUCUUUGGCAUGGUGGCGGCUCCGACAAGGAUCCCUCCCUCCCUGGUUCUGUGGUGAAAGUGUGUGGUCAAGUUAGAGGCGCACCAGCUUUAAAAACAGCUGGAAGUUGCGCAUGUGAGCGGCUUCUUGGCUGUGAGUCAGAUUCGUCAGAUUAUAUUUGUUUCCCUGAUAAAUAUUCCGAUAUUUCUGCCCUAUAUUUCUAGUCUGAUUCAUUAAUUGGUGACAUCAUUCUCCCCAUCAACGUCUUUCUACUUUUCUGGCUUCAGAUUCUUUCACACCAAUAUUUUUCAGUCAUGUGCACAUACAUUUUUGCAAAUUGCAUGAUUCUUAAGUUCAAGUAUGUUUGAGUGCUUCUCUCAGGUUAGAGUGUAUUUCUCUCUCUCUGACAGCACUUUGCUUUUUCCUUUACUAUCUAUUUUUAUUUUAUUUUAUCAAAAUUGGAUUCAAAGGUUUGUUCCCAUUUUCUAUGGUACUAAAACAGAUUGUCCUUCUCAAUUUUCCUGACUCUGUACCGCUGCCAUGUUGUUGUGUUUCCCGCCGUGGCUUCUCCCUCUGGUUGUUUGCUGAUGUUCCAGACUGGCUUCCAAACAUGGACAUGUUUUCUGAACCGUGAACUCACGUUCAAGGUCUCCUGCAGCUCUCUGGAAAGAUCCUUGAGUCGCUCCAGGUCACCUGACUUCCUCCUGAUGUCCUCCACCACCCUCUGAGUAAACACAGCAAAAGCAACACUCACACAGCAGUCGUGAGAUCAUCUGCAGCACGGAUCAAGCAGGAGCAACUUUCAAUGAUCAAUGUGAAUAAACAAGGACAGAUGUGCGUGUGUGUUCGGUCCCACCCUCUGAGAGCUUUGUCUGCCGAUGAUCUGCUGGACGUCGUCCUCCGGCCGGCUGGAGUUGUUGGGGACGUUGACCAGGAAGAAGUCCAGCGACUGAGAGGCGUUCUGGAAGUCCUGGUUCUUAUUGGUGGCGUCUUGAAGGAGGACAGACCUGCAGACAGGGACGGGACGUGGUCAGCACAGCCACCUCUCUCUGACCUUCCACCAGAUGCCGCUCACCUCUGCUCCAGCUGGAUGCUGACAUUGGUGUAUCGGUUCUUCAGCUGCUUGACCUCGCUCUCCUGCCGCAGGAGGUCAGGGCAGAACUCGUUGAAGCUCAGCUGCAGGGAGCUGCAGGCCUGCUUGGUCACAUCCAGGUCUUUGCCCAGGCGGGUCAGCUCGCCCUUCUUGGACGCCACGUCUGCUCUCAUGUUCUGCUCCGAGGAGAACCAUCAUUAAACACCUCAGCUGCUCAGCUGGAGCUCAAGUCUGAGGGGGACCACGGACCUGCAGCCGCUGGUUCCGGGUGGUCAGGACGUUGGGCUGGUUCAGGAUGACGCCGUCGUCCGCGAGCUGGCGCUCGGAGUCCGAGAUGAUCGUAUACACGGUGAGCAUCUGACGCUCCAGGAACAUGGAGGCGGUCGCUCUGGUGAGUCAGGCGGGACCAGUGGGUGGAACACUCACACACAAACAUGACAUCCCCAACACACACACUCACUUCUUGUGGUAGAGGUCCAGGAGAGCGUCCAGAUCAUCAAUCAUGUUGUCGGCAUCUCGGACUUUCAGCGGCAGGCUGGCGGUGGUCGGGCCCAGAGGGCUCUUGGCCAGAACCAGCUCCAUGUCUUUCUGGAUCAUGAUCUUCUCCGACUGCAGCUUACGCAGAGAGGCAGUGGACGCCUACGGAGAGACGAGGGUCACGGGCUGCCACUCGUGCAGACGGAGAGCAGGUCAGAAGGAUCCUCACCUCGUGCUCCUGCAGCCUGCGCUCCAGGUCCUCGGUCGGGCUGCGAUUGUCCAGCGGGGCUCGAAGUCGGCCCAGGAUGUCCUGUUUGCAUCGGUCCAGCAUCGUGUUGAUCUUGUCCAGGCGGGCGGCAUGUUCCACAGCUUUGGGGUCCUCAGGGGGGGUGGAGACCAUCGCUGAGGGGGACCACAUGGCAGAGUCCAGGUUAGGCUAGGAGGACUGGCGCUCCUCACCGUCUCCAGGGAUUUUUAAGACUUUACUCGGGGUCUCACCGGCCUUCUGAGGUCGGUCCACCUCCACCAAGGAGUUCUUCAGCGAGGAUGCCAGAUUAAACCUCUGGCUCUGCAGGUCCAAGAACCUCUGCUCCAGUCUGGACACACACACACAGGUCUGACCAAUACCACUCAGACAAAUGGUUGCUCGCCAUCACAUCCCGACAGCAUCCUGGUUCUGCUCGAUUCAUCUUGUAUCUUGAAAGUUUCAGAAACAUUUCAAAAAGUAAAUUCAAGACUUUAACUCAUCUAGGCAGUGCACGCUUAAACCGCCAGGGGGCGCCAGAAGCCCCGACUCUUAAAAAGAUGAGCAGUGAGGGUUUGAUCAUUUAAAAACAACAAUGAAAAUGAAUUAUCUGGGUCGGUUGGUCGCUGUGAGUUAGUUAUAAAAAAGUGGUGACAAAGAUUUACAAGCUGACCAGCGAGGUGUGACACGAAUAAACUGUGAGGUCCAUGAGUCAUAUUGAAACCCCACAGGACUUUCUUCAGUUUGAAUUUGAUGUUACCAAUAAAAUUUGGACAAAGGUUCUCUGCAUUACUUUAGAGUCUCUGGCGCAGGAACACCAGACCACUGACCUGUUGACC